CAAACUCUCGUAUAAAACCCAGCCAUCUUCUCUCCAUUGGCAUUCGGCUCGCUAGGGUUGUCCUCUCCGUGGCUCGCUCUCCUGGCGUCAGCAAUUCGUGAAUUCCCUUGACCAUCGAUCCGUACGUUGAUGGAGGCUGUGCGAUUCUCUGGAUCUGGAGUGGUGAGGAGGACGAGCCUGCUGUCAUUCGACGGGCUUCGCCUCUCGCUGGUGCCUUUUAGGAUUCCUUCCUCGGUGGGAGCGUGCGGGGUGGGGCUCGGCCAGAGGAGCUUCCGUGGCCUCACCGUGAAGGCCGCCACUGUCGUCGCCCCAAAAUUUCUGAUUCCUGCUGGUAACAUGUUGAGAGAAAGCACUGGAUUGUCUUUUCAUUGGUUCUUCAUGGCCUCACAAAAGCGCACAAUGACAAAAAGUAGAAGGGUGCAAGAUCGCAGCAAGAAGAAGAGGGUGCAUGAUCUUGAGAUAGCCACAGAGAGGUCAAAGGUUACUUCAAAAGUGUUAGUUGUGAUUGAGGCAUUGAAGAGAGAACCCGAACAAGUGAUACCACUUAAAAGAUUGGAGCAGUAUCGGCAGCAGAUUAAUCUGAGUAAGCCACAUAAGGUCGUGCACUUUAUCCGCAAGUCCCCAAAGCUGUUUGAGCUGUACAGGGACAAGAAGGGAGUGAUAUGGUGUGGGCUAACGAAGGAAGCUGAGGAUCUUGUGGAAGAAGAGACUAGGCUAUUGGAAGAGCAUUCUGAGAAAGCAGUUGAGUAUGUUACAAGGUUAUUGAUGAUGUCAGUGAAUAAGAGGCUUUCAGUUGAUAAAAUUGCACAUUUUAGACGAGAUUUUGGUCUUCCUUAUGAUUUCAGAAAUCGAUGGAUCCAUAUGUUUCCAGAUCACUUCAAGGUUGUAAGAAUUGAGGAUGCUGAGUAUUUGCAGCUUGUUUCUUGGAAUCCCGCUUGGGCUGUUACAGAGCUAGAGAAGAAAGCUAUGGCAACAGGAACAAUCUCCGAUAUUUCUUCUGAAUCUGAAGUUCUUUUCCUUCCUUUUCCAAUGAAAUUUCCUUCGAAUUACAAGAAACUCUUUAGAUAUGGCGGUAAAAUCGAGCAUUUUCAGAAGAGGUCACACUUGUCUCCAUAUGCUGAUGCUAAAGGGCUCUCACCUGGCUCGCAAGAGUUUGAUAAGAGGGCUGUGGCAAUCAUGCAUGAGAUAUUGAGCUUUACCAUCGAAAAGCGGCUGGUUACUGACCACCUCACGCACUUUCGACGUGAAUUUGUAAUGCCUCAGAAGCUAAUGAGGCUUCUUUUGAAGCACUUUGGCAUAUUUUAUGUAUCUGAAAGGGGUAAGCGUCUCAGUGUGUUUCUGACAGAAGCAUAUGAAGGUUCUGAGUUGGCAGAUAAAUGUCCCUUGGUUCUCUGGAAGGAGAAGAUCCUGAGGUUUACUGGUUACAGAGGAAGGAGAAAGAGAAUUGAGAGUUUUAAUGAGUUCUCUGAUGUUGAGGGUCCUCUAUUUGAUGGUGACUUUGAUAAUCAAACUACAUUUAUGAAUCUUGAGGAUGAUGAGAUUGAUGGUACCAUAGAUGAUUCUUCCCUUGCAGAUGAUUCUGAGAUGAAGGUAGGAGAGGUGUAUGAUUCUUAUAAAGAUUGAAUCCGCUUGAGGCUGAGCAAUGGAUGGAUGCUGACUGAGCUAUAUUUCAGGCCUCAAACAAGAACCACCAUGCAGCCUAUAUUGGAUUUUACACUUAUAUAGCAUGUUGAAAUUCUCAUAAUUAGAGAAUAAGGAGGUCGAUCUAUUUUUCUACAGGGAUCCUGAGGAAGCCAAGGAACAGGAAGAAGAGGCUCUGGCACCACCUGAACAUGGUGGAAUUGCUGAUUACACCAGUGUGGUACCCAAUGAUCAGUGGACUGCUGAACAGUGGGUUCCUGACAUGGGAACUGCACCUGCCACUGUUCCUGCCAGUCAAGCUCCUGUUCCUGCUGAUGGAUGGGAUGCAGCUGCAGCUCCAGAUCCAGCUCUGCCUACGGAAGGUGUUCCUCCUGUUGUGCCCUCUGGUUGGGAGGCUGCCCCACCGGCUCCCUCGGGCUGGGAUUAAGUGUAGGCUGAUUGUAUUUCAAGUUCCUCAUGUCAAAUUUCCUUCUAGAAAUUAAUCCUAGAUGUUUUUAAGAAGCUUUUGUUUAGUAUGAGUCCAUGCGGCCCAGCUAUGAACCAUCUUGCCUUAAGAGUGUUCUUUCUUUUUUUCUCGAAACAUGAUGUCAGAAAGAGAAUUUCUGUGUUCAUGGACUCUUGUUUAGUAUUAUUUGUGCAUUGUGGAUUUUAGUUGAACAAGUUGUUUUAUUGCUUAUGCUUUGGUUAUCACUGCUUCGGGAAGGGUGGUGCUGGGCUAUGGUAUUCUGAACCUGGUUCAAGGGAAAAUGUUUUGUGAUUUAUACUUUGGAUUGA